GACGCUGGCCAUAAAACCAUCUGUAACGAGUGGCAGCCACCGGUUCAGAAGCAGUGUGCCGAGCAGUGUUGACGGGACGGGCGCCAUGAUACUAUUCUGGCUAUUGUUGACUUUGAUUGUACGGUGUGGCUUAGCGUACGAAGUCGGAACCGACGGAAAGAACUGUGGCCAGACGCCCAUACCUCCUUUACUAGACGAAGAUGACCGCAUCUUUGGUGGGAGUGAGGCCGUGCCAGGAAGCUGGCCAUGGCACGCGGGCAUUUUUACCAACGAAGUCUUCUCCAAGCACAUAUGUUCUGGCGCGCUCAUCUCGGACAGACACGUUGUCACUGCCGCUCACUGUCUCAUGAAAAAAACAUCCAAGAUGCUACUAGUUCAUCUCGGCAUCCACGACCGCAUUAACGUAGAAGCUGGCACAAAGUCUCUGGCAGUGGCCGAAGUCUGCUUUCACAAAGGAUAUAAGGCACCUCACACAAACGACAUUGCCAUCCUAACACUGAAAGAAGCUGUCAACUUCACUCAAACAAUCGGCCCAGUCUGCCUACCAAAGUCAAAGCACGAGCUUCCUGAAAAUACAGACGCCUACGUGACUGGCUGGGGACGGUACAAAGCUGACAGCGAUGAAUUAGCACCUAAGCUAAAGCAGCUUCGCACAAAAACAAUGUCGCACAAGACAUGUGUCGAGGACUACGAUUCAGGCCUGCCCGACAGCGUCCUCUGUACUGGUCACGAUUUUGGGUCCUCCUGCAAGGGGGACAGCGGUGGCCCCCUGGUGUGGAAUUCAGGAAGUGCCUGGUUUUUGGAAGGAGUGGUUUCCGGUGGACCGGUGAAGUGCGCCAACCCGGAUGACCCUCUGCUGUUCACGAAACUGUCACACCAGGUCGACGGAUUCGUCCUGCCCUACAUUGAAGCCAAGAACGACGCUCAGAAAUACAGAGUGUGCAAGAUUGUCUAAAACUUCGUGUUUCAUUUAAAAUAAAUACGCCGAGAUCAU